AUGUAUUUAAUUUUAGCUGUUACCACAUCAACACCAACAACGACAGGUGCGACGACUGUCACAAUUACAUCGAAUACAUGUACAUCAGGUUGGACUGGUGUAACUGUUUUUACUCUAUGCACUAGUUGUCCAAAUAUAAAUCCUUAUCAAAAAUAUACUUAUACUUAUGUUGCCAUAGGUACACAAACUCGUAUUGCAUUUGCUUUACGUGAAGAUGUUGGCUUUUUUGGACUUGAUGAUAUAUCUGUAAGAAGUAAUUCAACACCAACUGUUGAAUUAAUAACGAAUGGUGGCUUUGAAGGAGGUACUUAUUCACCAUGGAUUUAUUGUAAUCCAUCUGGUUCAUCCUAUGCUGGAGUUCUUAAAACAACAUCCGACAGUUUCUCUUACAGUAGUACAACUUAUGCAGCUCACUCGGGUAGUUAUUAUUAUUUAGAUGGAGCUGUAGGAAAAGCAGAUUAUAUUAGUCAAAAGUUUGCAACAAAUAUUGGCUCAACAUAUACUAUUUCAUUUUGGUUGUUUAAUAAAGGAAGUGCUUCCAACAGCGAUUUUAGGAUCAUACUUAGUCUUUAA